AUGGACAGAGCAUCUUUCUCCGUAUUUCAUCCUUCCCUCUGGCUCCUGACCCUCCUCUUCAAUCUGGUGACCGCUCAAACCGUCUCCAUUGCAAAAGAUGCUGGCCUUCUCGCGCAGCGUGACUGCGUGCAAAUCUGCAUCGGAGGCACCGGCGCCGGAACGGGCCACGAGAAUCUGCUCCAAGCCGUGGGGUGCGGCAACUCGAAUGCAGACUCGUGCCUCUGCCGCGCUGAUCUACGUCCCCCAGCCUCACAAUACCUUUCCAGCUGCCUCACGACCGACUUCACAACCUGCAGCGGCAGCCCGGACUACACGGCCGCGGUCUCCAUCUAUAAUCGGUACUGCAGCUUCACUGGGCCGGCGGUGGUCACAGCAACGCCAACACCGACGUCCGCGACCAAUGACGUGAAUGUUAACGGCGUUACGACGGUCACACAGACGACAGCGCCAACCGUGACGGUUGUCGUGUCAUCUUCUAGCUCCUCUUCCGUCAUACAACCUAGCUUCGGUGAGUUAGGUCUCAUCGCAGUAGCGACGGGCCUCCUGCUCCUCGCCAAACUUGCGGUGCCGGGCCGCUGA